GGCUGUUCGGAGUAUAUGCUGGGAACGAAAAACUUCCGCUCGACUUCUUUGGACUCUUUAAAAAUACUUUGGAGUGAGAAAGAGCAUCCCUUGGCCGGCGGCGAUUUUUAGCGGUGGAAAGCGACGGUAACUUGAAGACUCCGGUUAUGGUUGGAGGAAUGGGUUUGGAAUAUCUGGAAUCACUCUGAGUUCGAUCCGUUAGAGGAGGUAACAUGGUGCGGCACCGGCGACAUCCGACUGGUAGAUAGGAUGAACAUGAGAUUGGCUGCGAUCGUGUUCUUCUUUGCGCUGUUUCGUGGGAUUUGCGCACAGGAAGGUUUUGUUAGCAUUCAGAGUUGUUCGGCAUCAAAUUUUACUGAUCCAGGGACCAACUUAACGUGGACAUCAGAUGACCAUCUUUUUCAUAGUGUUGGGAGAUGCGAGUCCUUUUCUGUUUCAUCAAGAACUUCUAGCCAUACAAAAACCCGUUUCUUUGACAAGGCUGAUUCGAACAGUUUCUGCUAUUAUCUUCCUGUACUUCAAGGCCAGGAAUACCUAGUGAGGGCUACAUUUCUGCAUGGCCCUAUUCCUGAACCUCUCACUGCAACGUCAUUUAAGUUCUCGAUUGGAGCCACAUCAAUCUCACAGAUUGAUUCAUCUCUAGAAUAUUUCGAGGUUGAAGGUGUCUUUAUUUCAGCCACUAAUGACCACACAAAUUUCUGCCUUCUGAGUGAGACGGGUAAUGCUUAUAUAUCUACGUUAGAGUUGAGGCCGUUAAAUGAGGCUAUUUACCUUAAAGGGAAUAAGUCAAAUGCUCUAAAGUUGGUCACUCGAGUUGACCUUGGAAAUAAGAAUCUGGAUUUUAGGUUUCCCAAGGACCUUGCAGACCGCAUCUGGCCUGUUGAUCUUGGGGAAAGAGGUUUUUUCAAAGGCAAGAUAUUGGAAUCACCUGAUAUAUCUUUGCAUGGAUCUAAUAUCUCCAUUCCACUUGAAGUUCUCCAGACUGGUAUCACAGAUGAUGACGAGUUGGUAAUUUAUCAUAAAGAUCUUUUAACAGACCAUAAUGACUUUCUUAUCAUCCUUUAUUUCCUUGAGCUUGAUGCCAAUGUACAAAUUGGGCAAAGGGUCUUUGACAUAUAUCUAAAUGGUGAUAAAAAGUAUGCAAGCUUUGAUAUACUGGAAAAUGAAAAUUCUUCCAACUACAGAGUAAUCUCCUCUAGGGUGAAAUCAAAUGAUUUUCUCAAUAUCUCUCUAGUUAAAGUGCUGAACGAAGCUAAGUAUGGACCCAUAUGCAAUGCUUACGAGAUCUACCAGGUACUCCAAAGAAGUACUGAAACGAUUCAAAGAGAUGUAAAUGCUGCCAUCAAACUUAAGGAUGAGCUGAUAGAAGAAAAUCCCAAACUUGAGAUCUUUCGAAAUUGGCAUGGAGACCCAUGCACUCCUUAUUUUUGGAAUGGUCUAGCAUGUGAGGAGAUAAAUUGUUCCUUUGUCAUCACGAAGCUAGAUCUUUCAUCAAGUUAUCUGCGAGGACCACUUCCUUCAGCAAUUGGAGAUAUGACAGAACUCAAGGAACUAUCCAUACAAUGCAACCCUCAGCUGAAUUGCAAAAUACCACCCAGCUUGUCAAGUCGGAAAAAUUUUACUGUUAUUUCCGGACCAUGUGAUUCUCCAUCUCCUAUGAAAAGAAAUAUUGGUGUCAUAGGCAGUGUUGCUGGAGGUUCUGUUGGAGUUACAUUUGCCUUGGGCAUUUUUUUCAGCUGCUUUUACAAGCGUCCUCGUAGAACUUUGAAAAGUAGUUACCCUGGAAGCAAGAGUCAAGGGUUCACAGAUCACAGCAUCCAUUACCCUAUAAAGAAUCCUGAUGUAAAAACCUUCACGCUUGAGUACAUAAAAAAAGCAACAUCAUGUUACCAGACCUUAAUUGGUGAAGGUGGAUUUGGGAUAGUUUACCGUGGUACACUUCCAUAUGGUCAAGAAGUUGCUGUAAAAGUUCGAUCAGCCACUUCAGUUCAGGGUACACGUGAGUUUGAUAAUGAGGUAAACCUUCUUUCAAAACUUCAACAUGAUAAUUUGGUCCCACUCCUAGGUUACUGCUAUGAAAACGAUCAGCAAAUUCUAGUAUACCCCUUCAUGUCCAAUGGUUCUUUACAGGAACGUCUUUAUGGCGAGGCAUCAAAAAGAAAGGUUCUGGACUGGCCAACACGACUUUCCAUUGCGUUAGGUGCUGCUAGAGGUUUAUUGUAUUUACACACUUAUCCUGGAAGAUGCAUCAUUCAUCGGGAUGUGAAAUCAAGCAAUAUUCUUCUAGAUCAAAGCAUGUGUGGCAAGGUGGCAGACUUUGGGUUUUCUAAAUAUGCACCUCAAGAGGGAGAUAGUGGUGUCUCUUUAGAAGUAAGAGGAACAGCAGGUUACCUGGAUCCAGAGUAUUAUUGUACCCAGCAGCUAUCAACCAAAAGUGAUGUAUUUAGCUAUGGAGUGGUGCUUCUAGAAAUUGUGACCGGAAGAGAGCCUUUAAAUAUACAUAGGCCGCGCAAUGAAUGGAGCUUAGUUGAAUGGGCCAAGCCAUUUAUCAGGGAGCAAAGGAUUGAUGAGAUGGUUGACCCGAACAUAAAGGGUAGUUAUCAUGCAGAGGCAAUGUGGCGUGUCGUGGAGGCCGCUUUGGCUUGCAUCGAACCUUUCUCCGCCUACCGGCCAAACAUGAUCGACAUCGUUCGAGAACUCGAAGAUGCUCUCAUCAUCGAGAACAAUGCCUCGGAGUACAUGAGAUCCAUAGAAAGCUUUGGAGGUUCAAAUCGCUUCCAAUAUUCGAUAGACCGAAAGAUACCAGGUCUGGCUCUUACUCCCUCUGAACCAUCUUCAGGAUUUUGUCAGAUCAUUCCUGCUCCCCAGCCCAGAUAACUGUAUAAGAACAUGAUUGAACAUUUCAUAUUCAGUCCAUGCAUUUUGCUAUCUUCUCACUUAACUACGAAACUUUCUGAUACUUUUUUUUGAUAUCUUGUACUAUAAAUGGUCAAUAACGGAUCAUUUGUAUUGAGUGGACAAUAACCUUGUUUCAUUCUUUCUUAGAGAAUUAUUUGUACAGUUCUUGUAGUUGAUUUUUACUCUUCCAGGUUUAUACUGAUGCGACCUUCAGGACUGUUAUU